UUAGUGCUCAGAGACGGAGCGAGUGAGAGUGGGAGAGGGAAAGAGGCGAGAGAGCGCAGCACAGCCAGAGAGCAGAACAGUGGUCUCUCUACUCCAGCCUGGAUCCUUACACACUUCUCAUUGAGACCAGUCCCGGGAAACAGACCCUGAGGACUUAACUACACCAUCUUACCCAUCACACACAGCCAGAGACCGACUCAGCAGCUUCUGGUCCUUUCCUCUCUCUAUCUCUUCCUCCGUCACUCUACCUGGGAGAGAGUGUUCCACCUGGCUAUCUAUGCUGACAGUGCUAUGAGGUAGAGGACGGACACACGACUACCUCAAGAGGACAAGGGCGACGAUUGAGGGAGGAAAAAUAAACAGAAGGAUGAUGACGUCGUCCCCUGAUUUGUCCCCCUCUCUGACUAUGAUAGAAAGAGAGAGAGAACGCACCAAAUGCCACAUAGGUGGCGGCCCAGUGUUCUAAUAUAUUCUCCUCUAUCUCUCCAAAGUAGCUAAUGACCUUCCUCCCAGCCUGGUCUGAAUUUGUACAAGGUGCCGCAGCACUGAGGUGAUCCUGCCUCACUCCAGUGGAAUUACAAGGUGUGAGGAGAAGGAAAAGGCCAUUGACCUUUGCUCCGCUCUCUGGAAGGUGAUGGAGGGGUGUUUCUGAAGGGUGGGGGGGGGAUAAGUACAGAAGGAAGAGGGGAGGACAGUUGAGUAUCAGCCAGGCACUGCUCUGCCUCUGUUAAGAUCCAAGGAGGACUACAGAUCAAAUAACAAAGAACAACGAGCAGCUGCCUAAAAGAAACCAUUCAUUUAGUAAAACACGUGGAUGGACGCUACAAUGCACAUCCUCUCCCUACCCACUGCGGACGAUCAGUGAAUGUGUUUCUGCGUUUAAUGAAUCCUCAGUGCUUCUCCCUAACCGGAAUACAGUGUUUUGAUUGGAUGUACGAGAGCACAGACCCGUCCUCUGUGAUCCAUCACUGUUGUUUGCAGCCUCUGGGGUAAAACAAAAUCGAGAAAUGUUUUGAAGGUGGACUGCUUUUUCUCUCUCAUGGUGGAGCUGAAUUUGAAAUAGAAAAAGGAAGGAUUCAAGAAACACAGUUUCAGCUUGCUCCAACUGCACUCAUCGGCACCAUAAUCUCUCCGUUAUUUUGACAAAGGGCUGCACCGUUAGGAUUAAACCUGCGCCAAGUGGAGAUUCCUGCUGCUACUACAUAGGUAUUAUGAUUACCACUACUACUACAGAACUAUGGUUGGAGCUUUAUGAUUUCCUAUUGAGGCCUCAGCAAGUCGGCUCUGGCUGGUUCAUGGACUCUUGAAGGGGAGACGGCACACGAGGGAGGGGAUAAUGCAUACCCCUCCUGUGCUGAACUCAGAAGCCGCCAUGAGCAACGUUACUGUCCUCGACACCUCGGAACCCUCUGACCUUGAUAUGACCCAGUCUGCCGCCCCCUACCCCGUCAGCUUCCAGGUGUCGCUGACAGGGUUCCUGCUGCUGGAGAUCGUGCUGGGCCUAAGCAGUAACCUGACAGUGCUGGUCCUCUACUGCAUGAAGCAGAACCUCAUCACCUCCGUGUCCAACAUCGUUACCAUGAAUCUCCACGUCCUAGACGUACUAGUGUGUGUGUCUUGCAUCCCUCUGACUGCCGUGGUAAUACUCCUCCCCCUAGAGGCUGAUACAGCGCUGGUCUGCUGCUUCCACGAGGCCUGUGUCUCCUUCGCUAGCGUAGCCACUGCCUCGAACGUGCUAGCCAUCACUGUCGACCGCUACGACAUCUCAGUGCGUCCAGCCAACCGCAUGCUAACAAUGGGCCGCGCCGUGGCUCUGCUGGGCUUCAUUUGGGCUAUGUCCUUCUUCAGUUUCCUGGUCCCCUUCAUGGAGGUGGGCUUCUUCAGCGAUUUUGGCUCCGAGUUCGUCAACCAGACUGCAGUUGCCUCUGUGGUCCAUACUAAUGAGUACUACACAGAGCUGGGGCUGUACUACCACCUCUUGGCUCAGAUCCCCAUCUUCUUCUUCACAGCCGUAGUCAUGCUGGUGACCUACUACAAGAUACUCCAGGCACUGAACAUCCGCAUCGGGACGCGCUUCCAACACAACCAGCCCAAGAAGAAGCCCCGCAAGAAGAAGACCAUCUCCUUGACCACCGCAACGCAGGUGGAAUCUACAGAUGCGUCCCAGGGCAGCGGGGCGGUCAGAGGGGGCGGAAACCCACCUGCUGUCCUGUCCAUGCGGACCUCCGUCUCUGUCCUCAUGGCUCUGCGCAGGGCCGUUAAACGCCACCGGGAACGGCGGGAGAGGCAGAAACGCGUCUUCAGGAUGUCCCUACUCAUCAUCUCCACCUUCCUGCUCUGCUGGACUCCCAUCACAGUCCUCAACACGGUCAUCCUCAGCGCAGGGCCCUCAGACUUCACGGUCAAGUUGCGGUUGGGUUUCCUGGUCAUGGCCUACGGGACAACCAUCUUCCACCCGCUGCUCUACGCCUUCACCAGGCAGAAGUUCCAGAAGGUGUUGAAGAGCAAGAUGAAGAGGGUGGUGUCCGUGGUGGAGGCUGAGCCCAUGCCCAACAACGUGGUCAUUCACAACUCCUGGAUCGACCCCAAGAGGAACAACAAAAAAGUCACCUUUGAGGAGACUGAGGUCAGGCAGAAGUGUCUAUCUUCCCAGGAUCUGGAAUCAAACAACAUCGUCUGUCUUCCAUGAUAAGGCUAUAGUGCAUUGUGAAGAUUGGCGCGGCUUGGGGGCAGUUAAGUCGAAAGACAUACCUCUCAACAGAGGUGGCAGAGUGGGAUAACUUGGAAUAAGCUAUUGUCCAUCUUCAGAGAAAGUGGAAUAAAGAGAAUUUCUGAGAAGCCAUUGAAUAUCUGCAUGGCUAGAGGGAGUUGGUAGACAUGAGUCUGAGCCAAGGUCAAGAUAGAAAAGCUUCGGUUCAGAAGAUGCAGAAUAAGACCAUGUGGAUUAUGAGGACGUGAAAUAAGAAUAAAAUGGAAUAAGCAACGGACACAUACAGGGUGACAAAACAUUAUCAGAAACCGACUCAUUUUAAAAAGGGAAACCACUUAUCCAAAGCAGCAAUGUAAAUGAAAGUGUUUCACCUGUAUAGUUACCCUAAAGGGGAUAAUUUAUUACUAUUUAUUGGAAGAGGUUGAUGCGGUGUCAAGGACAAUUUAAACAAAGUACUGUACCUACUGCAUGGUGGUGUUAUAGCCCGUAACAUAAUUAUUGUGUAUAGUCAGUCAUGUACAGUGUAUAGAAUAAAUAUAUGUUUACAACACAAAGGAAAGAUUCACCCAUUUUGAAUGUUAUAUCGUAUUGUGCAUCUCUGAGCUAUGAACAAUGAUGCAAAAUGCGUCAUACUGUAUCUCUGCCUGCUUGAAUAGCCUUUUAGCUCAGAUACACAUGAAAACAAGUGACCCCUGGAAUCGAUAGAACAUAGACAAAUAUGAUAUAACAUUUAAAAUAGGUGACUUUUUCUUUUAAGCACUAAGUAUUUGUCCUUUUAUAAUAAAUAACGUGAAAAAAAGUUUAGAGGCCAUUCUGUUGGGUAUUCUGGUUAAAGGGCCUUCUGUCACAUAUUCCCCACUUCACUAUGCUUUUGUAAACUUGGCCACUAAGGCACAGAUGACAUCAAGUCAGUGUAGCGCCACAAAUAUUUACAGGUGAAAUUCCACUUCCCCCUUUCCUGUCCUCUGAGAGUCUCUUUCCAUGUGCCUGUUAUAUGUGUGAUUUAGUGGAAGAUAGAGGGACAGAAACAGAGGCAAGCAGCACUUUACAACCUAAGCGAGAGGCUGCAAUCUGAAUCACAAUCACAGCAUUACUAAGACAUGACCUUAUGAUUUCAACACAUAAUCAGCGCCUGUAGCCUAACCAUCCUGAGAUGACUCCAGCUGCUCUACCGGCCGUAACACAGCUGUUAUGCUACUUCUCUUAUUAUCUAGCCACAGGCCGGGGUGAAGAGAACAGCAUGGCUGCCAAAACUGAAGCCUGCUUCCUUUCAUAAUCACACUGAGGCCAACCAGCAAAUCAAUCUGUAUUUUCUGGUUGGAGUUGGAGGACACAGAGUGAGCGAGUGACUGAGGACUCGGACCUACUGCAGUCCAUAGCGCUUAGCAAAGCUGGGGCAAGUGGGCGGGGAGAAUUCUGAAGUGGUCUAGUCACGGGCUAUGUGGUGUUGAUACAACACUCGCCACAACACUUGCCCUUGCCUCUCUCCCACGCUUGAUGCCUUGUGAUUACCAAGGCUAGGACUGCUAGCUAAAUCAUAAAGGCUGACUGUGGCAGGCGAUGCAUCACAAUCACUCUCCCUCCCCGCCGCCAUCAUGACACGGGAAGGUCAAGGUGGUUUACCCUAUUCUAUUCUGUGUCAGAGAUACGGUCACGCACGCACGCACGCACGCACGCACACACACACACACCAAUGCACUGUACCUAGCAAUCUCUUCAGCUGAGAGAGGGCAUCUAGAUGCUAGGAAGGGGAGGGGAUGUGAGCGAGGGGAGAAAUGUCUGGACACUUAAAGAAUGACUCAUAUUCUGUAAAGCAUUCAAGGUUAAAAACAUUUAGUCUAAACUGCCAUUCAAGAUGUCCUUGCAAUGUUUGUAUUGGGCAAGUGUGUGUAAAAUGUACAUCCCUCUCAUAUCUCUCGGCCGAUGAGAUGAUAGGGUACAUUUCCUUUGAGGAAUUCUUUUUUUGACCUACAGUGUGUGGGGUGUGGUCAUAUGCCAUAUCAGUCAAGGCACCAUGUGAGGUCAGGAAGAGAAAGGCGUAAAAAAAACUAAAAAAAAUAAUUAAAAAAACUCUGUGGAACAUUUUGGCUGGGCGUCAACCGCCCCACUCUGUAGAGGUCAGAGUGGCUCUAUGCUUUGGGUAUGGUAUGCAGCCAAGCUUUCUGUUUUAGAACCCUCAUCGAAUGGCCCUCUGAGUCUCCUAAAAAUCACUCUGUCUCCAUGAGCAUUUUAAGAGCUGGGGCACUUUGCUGACUGUUUGCCAGCAAGCAGCACUAAAGACUAACUAAAGUUGAUUGAAGAUCCAUCUAACUGUUCAUUACAGGUUGGCUCGCUCCUCAGGCGCCAUUACCAAAUGAACGCAAGAACCACUUGUCUCCAUUAAGUAAAUGAGUAAUGCAUAGACAAACCAACACUUUAACACAAUCUUCACAACUUGACUGAUUGACUAUGCCUACAUAGAGGAUGUGCACACUGCACAGGUUCACGAAAGUUAGAUUCCAGGCUACAUUUCAUUGGUCGAAAACAUCAAGCCUAUUCUUUAUAUAGGCCUCGGCUAUCGGUCUCUACAUGAGUAGAGUGCCGAGGAGGAUACAUUGAACCGCUGUCCUCUCUGAAGUAGCAGAGUAAUCUCGCCUGUCUAAGCGUUCAGUCUCACAGAACUCUGAGUCAUCAGACCGGAGUGGAGCAGAAAUCUAUUCUAGAACGAAAUGAAGAAAGAUGAGCCUAGACAGAGGAUGUCAAAACCACCAAACAUUCUUCAGGAAAUAUAGACCUAUCAGCAUUGCCAGCUGGGGAGCCAAAUGGAACUUACUGAUAAGAUUGGAACAGUUGGUUCAACCUCUCAUGAAUACUUCCUAGGGUGUUUGGUGACAUCAUCUUAAUCCUGUAUGUCAUCCCGGGCGCUACCUGGAAAACUACUCAGAGUAGGCCUAUCUGACUGAAAUAUCCGCCUCUGGUCCUCUGGACCACACCAUUCCCCACCCUCUUAGCUCACUUACUGCACACCAGGCCCCCCUCUCUCUCUUCCAUCUCUCACUCUCUCUCCUUACCUUUCCAUCUAUACAGUAUCUCUCUCCUCUGUUCCCUCUAACAACACUCAGCCCAGGGUCGCACGUGGCUGAUAAGAGGAGUGCUUUUGAUCCCGGAGGCCCUGCGUUUUCUAGUGUUCUGGAGUGUUCUGUGUGACAGGGUUGUUAUGUAAAAGGUUGUUGUGCAUUUGUUAUGUAUGACCAAAAAAGGUCUAGCUCAUAUGAGGAGAGGUGUUUUGUGGUGCUGGGCCUCUCAAUGGCUUAGCCAACUGCCAACUAUACUUUGUCAAUAAAUUGAACACAAUGAA